AAUUUAAUAAAUAUUUUAAUUGGAAUACAUACCCUAGAAGUAAACGCUGCCCAACAUAUUAUGGAUGUUGAUAGUGAACUCUCCGAGGGUGUUGGUUCGUUGCGUAUGUCCUUGCGGGAACGACCCCGCAAGCAACAGUCGGACCGAAGGCUACGCGAACGGUCCGAAGACCUGAAGUUCCUGGAGGAUUUCGAUCCAGAAAAAUCAAACCGCGAAAAACGUAAGCUAAAAAGAAAACUAACUAAUCCUCGAUCAACUGUUUACGAUGAAUAUGGUCAUAUGCGUCAUAAUGGCAUGGACGUAUGCGACUGUUUGGAUGAGAACUGUCCUGGUUGCUGGUAUGAGUGUAAAAACUGCGGCUCAACGCGUUGUGGGGUACAAUGCAGGGUGAAUAGAAAGCAAUUUGUGGAUGAAAUCACGUUUGAUGGCAAAGAUGUCGUAAUUAAAAAUAAAUUUACAUCGUAAUUGCUAAGGAACUGGCCUUUUUAAGUAGAAAUAUCAUGAUUUUUCAUUUCAGUUGUACAAGGCUGUUUGUAAUUAUUCCUAUGUUCGAUCAGUAAGAAAAUAAAUCUUUUCACAACGGUUUUUAUAUUUAAAAUACCGUAAGUUCAAUA